CUCUCACAUUUUCUUUUCUUUUACUCUUUCUCUAUCUUCGCCCAACUCUCUCUCUCUCUCUCCUCUCUCUCUCUCUCUCUCUCUCUCUCUAAACCACCACCGUCUCCGGCGAUCUCCUCCGGCACCGCCGCCGCUGAUCCGGCGGCGCAGCCACCUCCGCCGUCGGAUAUGGCCGAGGGGGUAGAUAUCGAUAAGCAGAGAUUUGGAGUCGUUUUCCAGAAGUUAUCCGAUUUAGCCUCUUUGCUGCGGCCAGAUGCCAUUUGGGCAUCACUUAGACUUGGACACUCCACAAAUAUGCGGCCCUCUUCAUCUCUCCAAGACCUCCCAACAUUCUUGAAAGCCGAUCAAGGAGAGAGAAACCCUAUCCUCGAAAACGAUCAAAGGCAUGGGCGUGCAAAUCCUCUCCGUUCUCUACAAAGAGAAGGUAAUCCUACAAGCUUUUCAAAGGAGCGACCCCCUCCGUCUUCCCCAACUAAAAGAAAGAAGUGGGUACGGGCAAUUUUUGGUUCUAUUGCCCUUGUCUUAGCGAUUCUUCUGAUUUAUGUAUGUGUUAGAUAUUUUAGUACUUCCCAUGGAGCUUCUGAGUAUUACGUGAUCCUUGAUUGCGGUAGCACGGGCACACGAGUAUAUGUCUAUGAGUGGUUCAUCGAUCGGAGAAAGGGGAAUAUUAAUUUCCCUAUUACCUUAAAAUCUAUUCCCGAGGAUCCUCCACGUAAAUCCAAGGCUCAGAGUGGGCGUGCAUACCAGCGAAUGGAAACUGAGCCGGGGUUUGACAAACUCGUAAGAAAUGAAUCGGGCUUGAAAGCUGCAAUAAAGCCACUCCUUAAGUGGGCCGAGAAGCAGAUCCCUAAAGAGGCCCAUAAACGGACCUCUCUUUUCUUAUAUGCGACUGCCGGUGUUCGCAGGCUACCAAGUUCGGACUCGCAGUGGCUUCUCAACAAAGCAUGGAAGAUUUUGAAAAAUUCGUCAUUUAUUUGUAGAAGAGAAUGGGUUAAGAUUAUUAGCGGCAUGGAAGAAGCUUAUUUUGGGUGGAUAGCCCUCAACCACCAAACCGGUAUGUUAGGUUCCUUGCAAUCAAAAAUGACCUUUGGUUCACUCGAUUUGGGCGGUUCUUCGUUGCAAGUUACUUUUGAAAUGGAGGAAUCCAUGCAGGAUGAGACAAGUAUAGAUUUGAGAAUUGGAUCCGUCAAUCAUCACCUUAGUGCAUAUUCUCUACCAGGCUAUGGAUUAAAUGAUGCAUUUGGCAAAUCGGUAGCACAUCUUUUUAAAAAGCAGGGAGCAGCAACAGCUACAAAGAAGGGUAAAAUAGAGAUCAACCAUCCAUGCUUGCAAACUGGGUACAAAGAACAGUAUACCUGUUCUCACUGUGGCACACUUAACCAAGCAGGAAGUCCUUCUGCUGGAGGGAAAAGUGUGGGCAAAGGACAGGUGGGAACAGCUGUUGAACUAGUUGGUUCUCCUAAUUGGGAUGAGUGCAGUGCUCUCGCAAAGAUAGCAGUGAAUCGUUCCGAAUGGUCUAAUACAAGCUCAGCCAUCGAUUGUGGGCUCAAACCGUGUGCCCUUGCUGACAAUGUACCUGAGCCUCGUGGGCAAUUCUAUGCAAUGUCUGGCUUCUUUGUCGUGUUUCGGUUUUUCAAUUUGACCUCCGAUUCUACUAUUGAUGAUGUUCUGAAGUUGGGCAAGCAAUUCUGUGGGAAAACGUGGGAAGUUGCCAAAAAUAGUGUUGCCCCACAGCCUUUUAUCGAACAGUAUUGUUUUAGGGCUCCAUAUAUUGCAUCACUCUUGAGAGAUGGAUUACAUAUUGAGGAUAAGCAAGUCGUGAUUGGCUCUGGCAGUAUCACUUGGACGCUGGGCGUCGCAUUACAAGAGGCUGGGCAAGCAUUGUCGAGCAAGAUUGAGCUUCCAGGAUACAGAAUACUGCAUUCAGAUAUAAACCCAAAUAUUAUUUGGAUAUUAUUUGCCAUUUCAGUAUUGUUACUAUUGUUUGCCCUAUUAUGUGUUAGCAACUGGGGCCCUAGAAUUUUCCGGAGAUCAUACCUGCCACUUUUCAGGCAUAAUAGCACGGCCAACUCUGUUUUCAAUGUGCCGUCCCCUUUCAGGUUACAGCUAUGGAGUCCUAUUAGUUCAGGUGAUGGAAGGAUAAAGAUGCCGCUGAGUCCUACCGUCGCUGCUUCCGAUCAGCAUCCGUUUAGUCAAAUACAGCUCAUGGAAUCUUCAAUUCAUCCAUUGGGCGUCUCGCAUAGUUAUUCGGCCGGUAGCUUAGGUCAAAUGCAGUUUCCCAACGGGUUUGGAUCCUUCUGGAGCCCGCACCGCGGCCAGACCACGCUUCAGAGCCGCCGGUCCCAAUCUCGAGAAGAUCUCAGCGCCUCGUUAGCGGAAGCUCACUUGGGGAAAGUCUAGCCAUACAAUGUUUCUCCGCCCGCAAAGACCGGUGCAAAGUUUUGAUGAGGCAGCUUCCACAAUCGCGGCGCGGCGUGACCACCACCGCCACCAAACCACAGGUGCUUCCCGCAAAAGGAGAAGGGAGAUUCCUCCAUUCAUGCCCCUUUUUGUUCUGCUGUUUCUUUCUAACAAUUAUUGUUUCGGAAUUGCGCAUACUCCACUCUUCCCCCUCCCCCCCCCCCUGUUUUUCUUUUCUUUCCCCCCUUAUUUGCUGAUAUCUUUUGAUUCAUUUAUCGAAUACCCGUGUAGAAUGCCCACAAACAUGCAGCCAUUAUGUUCAUACCAGAGGAAUCAAAUUGUGGGAUUACAUCUUAUUGUACUUUUUUGUGGAACAUUCUGGAUCGACGGACGAUUAUCGAUCGAUCGAUCCGUAACUGUUGUAUUAUCGGCGAGAACACUGCGCGCAGUUCAUGUAAUGAGUAAAUAUAUCUGUUUCCUCUCUAAAGAUGGUAUCUUACUCAAGCAAGUAACUUCUUGUA